AGGCGGCCCCGCCGGGGAGCCUCGCCCCGGCUCGCCCGCAGCUCCGUUUCUCGGGCAGCCGCCGCCCCACAACUCCGCCGGGUUCGGGACGCCCGGAAACGGCAGCUGCCCCCAUACAGACAUGAAUGGGCUCAGGGCCGCCGGAGAGCCGCCGAGCUGGCAGCGGGGCAGCAGCGAGGUCUUUGUUCCUGAGGAGACCCGCGCCGCCGCACCUGUGGAUUUCCUGCAGGACCUGCCCAGCCAUCAGUCGGCGCUGAGGCGGCGAGCCACCGGCGGGGGCACCCGGGAGCGGUGGGCAGCCCCGCAGGGCUCCGAGGGGUUCCGCGCUGCCGAGGCCCGCGGGACGGAGGUGGAGGGGGGUGAGGCUACUCCUUGCCCCCUUAGAGAAUACCCCCUGAGCAUCGCCGAGAAGAGGAGGCUAAGGGACUUCCAGCAGGCUGAUACAAAACGUUUAUCUGUAUGGAAACAGUGGAAAAGAUCUAGCAGUAAAUCAUUGAGAAAAAUCCUCAGUGAAGCCAGGGAGCUGUCAUCCAACCUGGAGCUUUGGCGCCAUGCUAUUCACAGCAUAGAAGGGAAAUUUGGUACUGGCAUCCAGUCCUACUUCUCCUUCCUGCGUUUUCUGGUCCUGCUGAAUUUUAUAAUUUUUAUCCUGAUGUUCAGUUUUGUUACCCUACCCACCAUUUUUUCCACUUAUGGAAUAUUCAACAGUAGCAUUGCUAAAAUUCCUCUGGAGAACACAGGGUCUCACUGCACAGUCUAUAAACCUAGUGGUAAUAAGGGUCUCGUUUACUUCUAUACUUACCUCAAAGAUCUGCUCAGUGGCACUGGGUUCCUUGAAGUGACAAGUUUGUUUUAUGGCUAUUACACAAUAGAUGCUGUGUGGGUCAGUAUCAUGAGGUACAACUUACCACUAGGAUAUCUGCUGGCUACGUUUGCCUACCUUGGAUUAAGUCUUAUAUGGAUAAUAAAAAGGUCUGUGGAGGGAUUUAAGCAAAACUUGGUGCAUAGUGAAGAUCAAUUUCAGAGUUACUGUAACAAAGUCUUUGCAGGCUGGGACUUCUGCAUCACAGAUCCAAACGCAGCCCGGCUGAAACAGCGCAGCUUGCAAUACGAGCUCCAAACAGACUUGGAGGAAGAAAGGCUGAGGCGAAAAAUAGCUGACAGGACAACUAAGGAGAAGCUCCGUAUCUAUUCUCUGAGAAUAAUUAUAAAUAUCAUUGCCAUUGCAGUUUUAUCAGGAUGUUUUUACUCUAUUUAUAGAGCAACAGUCUUCUCUCAAGAAAACUCUAAUGUUGUCAGCACUAUGAACUCCCAGUCUAAUCUCCUAGUGCAGUAUUUGCCUUCCAUGGUGAUCACAUUGGCCAACUUUGUUGCUCCUCAGAUCUUCUCACUUCUGAUUAGAUUUGAAGAUUAUUCACCAGCCUUUGAAAUCAGGCUGACGCUCAUGAGGUGUGUCUUCGUGCGGUUGGCCAGCAUUGGUGUUCUCUUGUUCUCACUGUGGGGCCAGAUCUCCUACUGUGACUCUGACAAGUGUAAGGCCUGUGGAUACAACUAUGAACUCUAUCCUUGCUGGGAAUCUGAUGUUGGGCAAGAAAUGUAUAAACUGAUGAUAUUUGAUUUAAUUAUGAUUCUUGCUACGACUCUGUUUGUGGAAUUUCCUAGAAAGCUGCUAGUUACUCAUUGCUCUUGCAAGCCAGUUCAGUGGUGUGGAUUGCAGGAAUUCAGAAUUUCUGACAACGUCCUGGAGAUCAUUUAUGGUCAGACUAUCUGCUGGAUUGGAACCUUCUUUUCACCACUUCUCCCUGCAAUAGCAACUAUAAAAUACUUCAUCAUCUUUUACAUUAAAAAGAUCAGUUUGACACACACGUGUAAACCUGCAGCUAGGCCUAUCAGAGCAUCAAGUUCCAAUUCUUUCUUCUUGGUGGUGCUGUUGAUUGGGCUCGUCUUGGCUUUUAUUCCUGUGGGAAUCAGUAUAGCACUUAUUCCCUCCUCCAAGGCAUGUGGACCAUUCAGAAGUUUUAACACAUCAUGGGCAGUUGUUCCAGAUACAAUACUUGGGUUUCCAACAGUUCUGCAGCAGGUCCUUCAUGGCAUAGCAUCAGAAGCUUUUGCAGUGCCUUUUUUUAUGGUCAUUUGCCUCAUUAUGUUCUAUUGUAUUGCCUUGGCUGGAGCACACAAACGAGUGGUUGAGCAGCUGAGGGAGCAGCUGGUUUUGGAGAGCCGUGACAAGAUGUUCCUAAUCAGAAAGAUAACAGAAGCUCAGAGGCAGUCUUGAAAAGCCAAAAGAACUUCCUGGAACUCCCUGAGCCACUAAAUAAGAGUAGGAAACUGAGAGGCUGACUGGCACCCUGGCACUGUCAUCUGGAAUGGACUCUGAUGUCUUUGCCUUGAUGAUGCUUGUUUCCAAGACUGGAAAUGCAGCUCAUGUAUGUGUUAGAGCUGCCCAAAAACUGUGUGGUAGGACACUUCAUUGGUGCUACAAUUUCAGCAUUGUUGGGUUUUGUUAAGUCCCAAUUUUUUUCAGCAGUUUUGGGUAAAAUGUGAUCAGAACU